CUGUCAUUCAUCCCCUGCCGGUCCCGCCCCCUCGCGGCUGCAGCAGGGCGCGGAGCGGGGACGCGUCCGGGAACCGGGCACCGACCAGCUUGAGCCAUGGCUUCGGUCCCUGCGGAGGCCGAGACCCGCCAGAGGCUGCUGCGCACUGUGAAGAAGGAGGUGAAGCAGAUCAUGGAAGAAGCCGUUACCAGAAAGUUCGUCCACGAGGACAGCAGCCACAUCAUCUCCUUCUGUGCGGCCGUGGAGGCCUGCGUGCUGCACGGGCUGCGGCGGAGGGCGGCCGGCUUCCUGCGAAGCAACAAGAUCGCGGCGCUCUUCAUGAAGGUGGGCAAAGGCUUCCCUCCGGCCGAGGAGCUGAGCCGCAAGGUCCAGGAACUGGAGCAACUCAUUGAGAGCGCGCGAAACCAGAUCCAGGGCCUGCAAGAGAACGUGCGGAAGCUGCCGAAGCUGCCUAACCUGUCCCCGCUGGCCAUCAAGCACCUGUGGAUCCGCACCGCCCUGUUCGAGAGGGUCCUGGACAAAAUCGUCCACUACCUGGUGGAAAACAGCAGUAAAUACUACGAGAAGGAGGCACUCUUGAUGGACCCGGUGGACGGACCCAUCCUGGCCUCUUUGUUGGUGGGGCCAUGUGCCCUGGAGUAUACCAAGAUGAAGACUGCAGAUCACUUCUGGACUGACCCCUCAGCCGACGAGCUGGUCCAGAGACACCGGAUCCACAGCUCACAUCUGAGACAGGACUCGCCCACCAAGCGGCCAGCGCUCUGUAUCCAGAAGAGGCAUUCCAGUGGCAGCAUGGACGACCGGCCAUCUAUCUCUGCCCGGGACUAUGUAGAAUCUCUGCACCAGAACUCCAGGGCCACCCUGCUCUAUGGAAAGAACAAUGUUCUGGUUCAGCCAAGGGAUGACAUGGAGGCCGUGCCAGGGUACCUGUCUCUGCACCAGACAGCGGAUGUCAUGACCUUGAAGUGGACACCCAAUCAGCUGAUGAACGGGUCUGUGGGGGAUCUGGACUACGAGAAGAGUGUCUACUGGGACUACGCUGUGACCAUCCGCUUAGAGGAGAUAGUUUACCUGCACUGCCAUCAACAAGUGGACAGCGGCGGGACUGUCGUGCUGGUGAGCCAGGAUGGAAUCCAGAGGCCACCCUUCCGCUUCCCCAAGGGCGGGCACCUGCUACAGUUCCUCUCCUGUCUGGAGAAUGGGCUGCUUCCGCACGGGCAGCUGGACCCGCCGCUUUGGUCACAGCGAGGAAAGGGGAAGGUAUUUCCUAAGUUGCGCAAGCGCAGCCCACAGGGGUCCUCCGAGUCCACGUCUUCAGACAAGGAGGACGACGAAGCCACGGAUUACGUGUUCCGCAUCAUCUACCCUGGCACGCAGUCUGAAUUCGUUGCCCUUGACCUCAUGGGCAGCCCCCGGCCUGUGUCCAUUGGCCCUGCCUGGAUGAUGCUUGCUGCGGGCCAGUCCAUGCUAGUGGUGGCCAAGGGGCUCCAGUGGGCACAAACCAGAGGGUGCCUCACCAUCCCCACAAGGAGUGUGAAGGAGCAGCCCCCCAUGCCCCAGGACCUAAUGGAUGUCUCUAUGAACAACCUUCCACCCCUAUGGCAACCCAGUCCUCGGAAGUCCUCCUGCUCUUCCUGUUCACAAAGCGGCUCAGCUGACGGCGGCUCAACCAAUGGCUGUAACCAUGAGAGGGCCCCACUGAAACUGCUGUGUGAUAACAUGAAGUACCAGAUCCUCUCCAGAGCCUUCUAUGGAUGGCUCGCCUACUGCAGACACCUGUCCACCGUGAGGACCCACCUGUCAGCCCUGGUCAAUCACAUGAUCGUGUCUCCAGACCUGCCCUGUGACGCUGGGCAAGGGUUGACAGCCAGCAUCUGGGAAAAAUACAUCCAGGACAGCACGACCUACCCGGAGCAGGAGCUGCUGCGUCUCAUCUACUAUGGAGGUGUCCAGCCUGAGAUCCGCAGGGCAGUGUGGCCCUUCCUCCUCGGCCACUACCAGUUUGGGAUGACAGAGAUGGAGAGGAAAGAGGUAGACGAACAGAUCCAUGCCUGCUACGCACAAACCAUGUCGGAGUGGCUGGGCUGUGAAGCUAUCGUGAGACAGAGGGAGCGGGAGUCCCACGCGGCUGCCCUGGCCAAGUGCUCUUCAGGAGCCAGCCUGGACAGCCACCUUCACCGGAUGCUGCACCGGGACUCCACCAUCAGCAAUGAGUCAUCCCAGAGCUGCAGCUCAGGCCGCCAGAACCUCCGACUGCAGAGCGACUCCAGCAGCAGCACACAGGUAUUUGAGUCUGUGGAUGAGGUGGAGCAGACAGAGGCAGAAGGCAGGUCAGAAGAAAAACAUCCCAAAAUCCCCAAUGGGAACCCAGCCAACGGCACUUGCUCCCCAGACUCCGGACACCCUUCCUCCCACAACUUCUCCUCUGGUCUCUCCGAGCACUCUGAGCCCAGUCUUAGCACUGAAGACAGCGUCUUGGAUGCCCAACGCAGCCUUCCAGCUGUGUUUCGGCCUGGGGACAGCAGCGUGGAAGAUGGGCAGAGCAGCGAAGCCACCACAUCCCGGGACGAGGCCCCUCGGGAGGAGCUGGCCGUGCAAGAUAGCCUUGAGAGUGACCUCCUUGCCAACGAGAGCUUGGAGGAGUUCAUGUCUAUCCCUGGCAGCCUGGACGUGGCCCUACCUGAGAAGGAUGGCGCGGUGAUGGACGGCUGGCCCGGUGAGGCGGACAAGCCCAGUCGGGCUGACAGUGAGGACAACCUCUCAGAAGAGCCUGAGAUGGAGAGCCUGUUCCCUGCCCUGGCUUCUCUGGCUGUGACCUCCUCUGCCAAUAACGAGGCAUCCCCUGUGUCCUCCAGUGGAGUCACCUAUUCUCCAGAACUACUGGACCUGUACACCGUGAACCUGCACCGCAUUGAGAAAGAUGUGCAGAGGUGUGACCGCAGCUACUGGUACUUCACAGCAGCCAACCUGGAGAAGCUGAGGAACAUCAUGUGCAGCUAUAUCUGGCAGCACAUCGAGAUCGGCUACGUCCAGGGCAUGUGUGACCUCCUGGCCCCGUUGCUGGUCAUCCUGGAUGAUGAGGCCCUGGCCUUCAGUUGCUUCACGGAGCUGAUGAAGAGGAUGAACCAAAACUUCCCCCAUGGAGGCGCCAUGGAUACGCACUUCGCCAACAUGAGGUCUCUGAUCCAGAUCCUGGACUCCGAGCUCUUCGAGCUGAUGCAUCAGAACGGCGAUUACACCCACUUCUACUUUUGCUACCGCUGGUUCCUGCUGGAUUUCAAACGAGAGCUGGUCUAUGAUGACGUCUUCUCCGUGUGGGAAACUAUCUGGGCUGCUAAGCACGUGUCCUCCGCCCACUACGUGCUGUUCAUCGCGCUGGCGCUGGUGGAGGUCUACAGAGACAUCAUCCUGGAGAACAAUAUGGACUUCACUGACAUUAUCAAGUUCUUCAACGAAAUGGCUGAGCGGCACAACGCCAAGCAGAUUCUGCAGCUCGCCCGGGACCUCGUGCAUAAGGUGCAGAUUCUAAUUGAGAACAAGUGAGGAUCUGCUGUCGUCCACCACCCCCACCCCUUCCUUCAGCCCAGCACAAGGUCCUGGUGUCUGUGGACCAGUAUGGACUUCUGUGAAGAGAGCCAUGCUCUUACCCUUGGCCACUGGGCAGAGGGGUAGAGAAGAACCCAUCUCGGCCUUACAUUUUCCUGUUUGACCAAAGAUUGCCCAAGUCUGGGAUAUCCCCCUUUCUUGGGAGUUGGGGUUGUGAGUGGGUCGAGGUAGCCUCUGGCUCUGUUGUCCUUCUUCCUUUUCUCUGUUCCUUCCUCAUCUGCACAGGAGAGGCCUGUGGGGUUUCCUCUGCACCCAGCAAGGAAGGGCCUUUGGUGGUGUUCUAGAAUGUUCCUGCCAGGCUGGCUCGGAACAGGCUGUCCCCGUAGACAUUGCUCACAUUCAAAGUCCCAGAUGUUUUGAGCAUCACCCCUGCCUUCGAACCACCAGGUUUCCCCCCACCCCCAAGGUAACCCUGAUGUCCUUUUAUGGCUUGUCUGCCCCUCAGAGAACCACUGGCUUGGAAGAGGGGCUAACAGCAUGUCUCCAUGUAUCCUUCUCACCUGAGGUCUGUUCCGUGCCCCUGGCAGCAGCUUCUGACUGCCUGAGUCCUCGAUCUAAUGACCUAACUUCCUGCGCUUUCCAACUUUUCUCUAUCCGCUGCCAGGAGACUCUCUUUAGAAAAGGCAUCCUGUAGGUGGGCUAGGGGUCCUGGACGUGUUUGUAGGCAGAAGCCAGGAGCUCUUGAUGAGAGCCUAACCCUUACUAUCUCACCCUCAGGGAGACCUCCCUGCCAUCACCAGUGAUCUGGGCUCAGAAGCCUGCAGCCUUGGUGGAAGCCAUGCUCAGCAAGGCUGGGUUUUCUCUAAGCACUUUGUUCACUCAGGACAGAAGGAAGGAUGAGCCAGUGGGUUGGCCAGUGAUAGGGUUGGUCUGUGUUCCAUGAUGGGGAGCUUGGGGCCAGGGUUGGGCCUGAAUAUGUUCCCUCUACACCUUCAUACCAAGACCUGCUGAUCCACACACUGACCCUGAGUAAGCUUUCAUACCCGCUCACUGUCUCUUAGUGAAGCAGUCCAGGGUGCAGCAGAAAUGAGCACACAUAGCAGAAGCUUGUCCCCAGGACCUGCAGCCUCUGGGGGCAAUCAAGACAUGGCAAGUAGGAUUUUAUAAAGAGGAUACGUGGCUUGAAGCAGCUGCAGAGGGUACCUUCAGCCUUGAGCCACACUCUUAAAUCAGAACCUGUGUCUCCCACACAGGGCAAGGUGGACAGAGAGAGCUCUGUAGUGUCCAUGGAAGACUGAUGCUGCUUCAGCCCACUUGUGCCCAGGGCAGCAGGAAGGGAGGCGGCUGAUGACCACAGUUGCCUGUGUAGAGUCACACCUCCCAGCUAGGUCCCCCUGCUUCCCAAGGUGUGGGUAAGAAAGGCCAUCAGAUAAAAGUUGAUUUUGCUGGUGCAGAGGUUGGUAUUUUAGCACAGCCAGGUCCGGAGCUCCUGAUCCUUAUUUAUUUUUGUAACUGACCAGUGUGGAGUAUAGCACAAGAAUUCCCUCUGCCUCCCUCGUGCCUCCCGAGCGCGUGCUUGUGGUUCUGAGUGCCUCCUAUUUAUUCCAUUUACCAGCUGACGUCUGUGUGCGGUGUUUCUUGGUGUCCUGGAGUUGGGCAUGGGCGGGAGGGGGGUAUUCCUCCUGCCCAAGGCGUUCUCUUUUUCACGUUGCCCAAGUGUCUUGUAAAUGUUCAUUGCAAAGAUGACUAUUCAGAGCAAAUAUAUCUGAGCAGAAAACAUAA